CACUGUCCACAUCUCCCUACCAAGAUUUAUGAUAAAAUAGAGAAACCAUGUCUUCUCUCCGAAUACACUGAGAACUACCCUCUCUAUCACUCUUACCUGCCCAGAGAAUCCUUCAAGCCCAAGCGGGAGUACCAGAAAGGGUCUGUGCCCAUGGAAGGUUUGACCACGUCAAGGAGAGAUUUUGGGCCUCACAAAGUGUUACCAGUGAAGAUCUACCAGCCCGACCAGUUUGUCCCAAGUGAAGAGAACAUGGAUUUGCUCACAACAUAUAAACAAGAUUACAACCCAUACCCUGUCUGUCGAAUGGACCCCAUCAAGCCUCGGGACAGUAAAUAUCCAUGUGGUGACAAGAUGGAGUGUCUGCCUACUUACAAAGCUGAUUAUUUACCCUGGAACCAACCAAGACGAGAGCUACUUCAUCCGGAACACCAUUACCGACCAGCAUCAACCAGGUUUGAUAGUAGAACUACACACCAGGAUGACUAUUCUGUAAAGGGCCUAGUGAGCACCAUGAGCUGUAAGCCUCUCGCCAUGCCCAAGCUCUGUAACAUCCCCCUGGAGGAUCUGACUAACUACAAGAUGAGCUAUGUGGCCCACCCGAUGGAGAAACGCUUUGCGUAUGAGGCAGCGAAGUUCAGUCCCUGUGAAAUCCCCUUUGAAAGCCUUACCACCCAUAAAGAGUCUUUCCGGGGCCUGAUGGGAGAGCCAGCCAAGAGUCUGAAACCUCCAGCCAGGUCCUGUGGUUUAGAAACGCCUUUCUCUAACACCACUGAGUUUAGAGACAAGUACCAAGCUUGGCCAACGCCCCAGAUGUUCUCCAAAGCUCCUGUCACUUAUGUCCCUCCUGAAGAAAAGAUGGACCUUCUGACAACAGUGCAGGCCCAUUACAUGUACCCUAAGGGUGCCCCAGCUCAGUCCUUCCGGCCAGUGAUCUCAGUCAAGAAGGGUGGCCGCUUUGAAAGCUCCACUACUACCAAGGACGACUACAAGCAGUGGCCGGGGACGCGCAUGGAGCCAGCCAAACCCAUUCCCCAGCUGAACAUUCCCACUGAGCCCUUGGACUGUCUGACUACCACGCGGGCUCACUAUGUGCCCCACCCACCCAUCAAUACCAAAAGCUGUAAGCCUCCUUGGGCUGGCUCCCGAGGAAAUAUCCCUGUGGAGGGCCAGACCACAUACACCAUCAGCUUUACUCCCAAGGACAUGGGCAGGUGCCUGGCUUCAUACCCUGAGCCUCCUGGCUACAUUUUUGAGGAAACGGAUGCUUUGGGGCACAAGAUAUACAGGCCGGUCUCCCGGACAGGCUCUCAGCAGGGCAGCCGUCUUUCUGUAGGUGACUCGGAAAACCCCAACCAGCGAGAGUUGGCAGUGUCAGCCUGA